AUGAAGACGACCAACAGCGCAAACGGCAUCUCGUUCAAGUCGCAGUUCCUGUACCUGAUGGUCUACGUAACCCGCUACAUGGACCUGCUGUGGACCUUCUACGACCCCUCGGCCCUGUACAACACCAUCUUCAAGAUCAUCUUCAUCUCGUCAUCCGCCUACACCGUCUACCUCAUGCUCAACGAUUUCCGCCCCACCCACGAUCCCAACCUCGACACCUUCAAGGUCCAGUACCUGCUCGGCGCUAGCGCCGCCCUGGCCAUCUUGUUCCCGUAUAAGUACACCCCGACCGAGAUCCUCUGGGCCUUCUCCAUCUGGCUCGAGUCGGUGGCCAUCCUGCCGCAGCUCUUCAUGCUGCAGCGCACGGGCGAGGCCGAGACCAUCACGACGCACUACCUCUUCGCGCUCGGCGCCUACCGCGCCCUGUACAUCCCCAACUGGCUGUACCGCUGGUUCGCCGAGGGCUACUACGACCCCAUCGCCCAGAUUGCCGGCAUCAUCCAGACCAUCCUGUACUCGGACUUCUUCUGGAUCUACUACACCAAGUGA